ACUAAAAAGUGAUUGUCAAAAUGGAGUUGAUGUGUACUUAGAUCAGCCUUAAAACAUUUUUGUUAAAUUAAUGGAUUUCUCCUCUACUCCCAUUAGCAAUUUGUGUUGUAAACCAUUGCUUACACUUUAUUAGCAACGCUGGUCACGUUAAGCUCUUUAACUACGUAACAUAUCAUCAUUAAACCGUAAUGUUUUGAUAGGGCCUGACGAUCAACAUUUAUUCAACUUUUAAUCAAAAAUGUCCGCGGCCAGCGCGAUAGAAAACAGUGAAGAACUAGAGAACGUGCCACUAGUGCGUAUGGAGGACGUGCAGCCUUCGAGAGAAAAGAAUUGCGAAGGCGAAGAACUAGAAACUUGUGUUGUUGAUGACAUAGAGUAUGAUUGUGUAGUCAAUGAAGAUGAAGACUCGAACAUUGGGAGUAUGGUGUCCAUUCAGUCUGAAGAAGUGGUUGAAGACGACAGUGACACUGCAGAGAUGAUUGUUCCAGAAGUUCUCGAGCCGUUGGAUGAAAUUCCAAUAGUAAGAGAUGUGUCACAAAAUGAUAUAGUCCCAGAGCAAAAACACACUGAUCUAAAGCCACCGGACAGCUGGCCAACCCUCGAAAUCCUUCCCGGAGGUGUCAUCAAAAACGCUGACAAAUGUGAAGACGACCUCCCCUACCCCGAGGGCCCAGAGAAGGUGGAGAAGGGAGAGAUGAUGUACGCUUGUGCGAAGUGCUCGGAGAGCUUCAAGUACCUCUUCUGUCUGGUGAAGCAUGUGAAGUGGCAUGAGGAUGAGAAGAAGAAAGAAAAGGGCCUGGAUAUGGCUAAACUUACAAACCGUAAGAAAUGCAUCGUUUUGCAUUCAGGCAAAAAGAAGAUGGGCCAGCGAGGAAAAGCCAAGAAAACAAAGAGAUCAUAGUAUCGUAGUUUCAGUAUUAACUGACAGAGGCUAAAAGAGACGUGUUUUGACUUUUCCGGUGUUAAAUACUGCCACAUCGUGCAUAACGGCCAUUGGAAAAUUCAUUUAUUUCCCGAACGCAUUUGCGCGCUAUAAAUUUCAAAUUUAAACUGGUUUUCCAAUGGCUUUAACGGCUUUUGGGCGAAUCAACUUUUAGGCAUAC